AUGCUGUGCUGGUUAUCCCUCGCGCUUGUCUUGGCGACUAACGUCGCUGGGAUCACUGACUCACCCUUUCCGGAAUCCAAAGAGCCAAGCGAUGUACCGUCCCAAUGCCAGGCACGUGCCUGGGCGAGAGCACCUGACAUGGUUCCCGGCGAAAUUAUCGCAGGCGAUGUUAAGAUCAAACUCAGCAGGACCAUGCGUGGACGCCGAGACCUAUGCGUUAGGCUUGCGCUACAAGGAAAGGGUAUUCUGGAAGUUGAGGCGAGUCGUCUUGUUCUCUCUGAAUGGGGGGCAUACGAGAGCUCAGUUCAGGAUAAGGACUUGUGGUCUAUACACGAGGAAGAACGAAUUGCCUUUGAAAUCAAGAGUCCACUGGCUGGUGCAGGGAGGACAGAUCCUUUGUCAAGAAACUUCACGACCCGGUUCGGAAUUCUAGUACCAAAUACAAACUACCCUCCAGGAUUAGACUGUCGUGUAGGCUUCAUGUCUAAUGGUGGAGAGACUGAUAUAAUAUCCAGCGAAUCGAUUUACGAGUACUUUGUCGAAAUCGGGUUUAGAAAUGGUACCACUUCAGAGAUACCUGCCGGAAUAACAGCCUUCACCCCGUUUCACCUUCCGACAGAAAAUAACGCACCCAGUGUUAAUGUAUCUCUAUCUGCGGCACCAGUACACCCUGGUUUUAACAUGAAGCCAUCAGUAGACAUGUUGCGAAGCAACUACACGAUUGAGGUAUCUUUUCCAGAAGGUGCUCACGUUUAUCAAAACUCGUCCGUGAAGUUCACGGCCAUUGUUCAUCGGACAGGAUAUACGAAUCGGACAGACAUUCCUGUAGAGCUGUGUGCGUCAUCAGCGAAUGGCAUUGAAUGGCAUUCUCAGGAGCUCCAGAACCGAUCACAGCCAUUUCCACCGUUCAUCAAGACAUUAGUCCCCUCCAUUGUCCCCGUGCAGCAUUCGCGAUCCUUCGAGUCUCAAGUCAUAAUGCCUCGUCCAUGCAGAGAGCUCAAUUUUGCAGCAACUCCUGCACCCUUGGCUCACGAAGACCACAUUAUUUCCACGUCCUCCGAACCGCUUUCAUUAUCCCUCUACGUGAGACACGAUGCUGUUCCUGAUUUUUCAACUUACUAUCAGAAACUGGGACAUCGUGUCAAUCUGAAUUUUCAUAUCGUACCUGAUCAAUCAGAGCCAGAUGAUAAUGAAUUCGAGAAGACACAGCGGGAGAAGCAGAUUGCGGAUGCGGAUGAACUCGAUUGGGUUCCCUGGACGCUGCCGACGCAGACCCGUCGCCCAUUCCUUUCCGGCAAUGCCAAUGUACUCAGUCAUCCCAAUGCAGAAGCAGGGACCUGUGCAAUCAAUGCCAGUCCACUAUCUGUCUGA